AUGUCAAUCCCUGCCUUCCCUUCGUUGUCUCCCAAGGUCCCGGCGUGCCUGCUCGAGUCGUCGUCGAAGGAGAGCCAACGGAGCGACGGUGGUGGACAGAAGCGCGUAAUUGCGCUCCACGACUUCGCCGCCGGUUCAACCGACGAGCCCAGUUUCAAGGUCAGGGACCAGGUCGUCGUCGUCAGCGAAGCCCUCGACGGCUGGUGGAUCGGUGAACUCGGCGGCAAUGGCGUGCUGAACAUCAACGGGACGUCUCUACGCGGCAAGUACUACGAACCGAGCAUCGACAACCUGAACAGCGCCUCAGUACGCUCUGCGUCCGAUGACGAGUCCGACGACGACGUGGGCUCGCUCGUCCGCGUCCAGUGCGUCGACGACUCCUUCUCGUCCGUGUACGUCACCGGCUUGCCGACCCCGCAGUUGCCUGCAACGAUUUCGCCCGUGACGGCGUCCAAGACCCCCAGCCUUGCUCCCACUCCCGCCGCUCAUCCCGUUAUCCUCCUCGUCGUUAUUGCUGGCAUUGUUGUCUAG